GUGGGCUCGUAUGAUUAACGAAGCAGAAAAAAACAAAAUGGCGCGCGGGCCGGACUCAGAACGCGGAAUAUUUAUAUUUAAAUUAAAAACUCGUCUGGCCCAAUGAGUGCAGCCAUGGACCUACGUAUAUCCGCCGACUCUGACAUUAAGCGGUUACGGGAGAUGGUUCAGAAGCUAGAAGAAAAAAAUGCCGGUCUAAAUUUAGGCGAAAAUCCCGCUAGUAAUCGGUUGGAGCCCGAAACAUUUGACGACGAAAUUAUGAACGUAGACCUGGCCAAGCGUGUAGCCGUGAAGUUAAGGCUUGAAGAUGUACCUUUGCUUGAUCUGAGAGAGUCGGAUUCAGAGGAGGAAGAUACUUGGUUAUAUGUGUCCCCUGUCCGGCCCCCCACCCCAGCUGACAGGAAAGUUAGCCCCUAUAAAUACCUGAAACACUCGAUAGAUGGAACAAACCUCAGUAAGGUCCGGGGCUCACUCAUGGCGAAGCUUGAAUCCAUUGCAUCUCAGGAAGAUGCCUUGGCUCGACAUGAUAACCCCUCUUCUCCUACUCAAAGCAGCAGUUCUACCUCGCGCUUGGAGGAGAGUCAUACACGCCCAAGGAUGAUUGAUCCAGAUGAUGGUCUUGACGCUAUUGACAGUGGCACAUUUGUCAUACAGAGAAGAGGAUCCCCUAGGAGAAGCUCUCCCCGUCAAAACCCAGCACCACAUUACAAAGCCUGGCAGAAUCUAGCUGCAAAUUAUGAUGAUAAGGAUGACACUGAUGAUUACAACCAUCAUGCUCCUGUAGUCACGCGAAGAGGCCCCACACCACAGCAUGUACAAUCUACUGAAUAUGAUGAUGAUGACGACGAUGAUGAUAAUAUGGUUGUUGUCAAGCCAAGAGGACAAGUUGAGCACAUAGACUUUGGGCUGUCGAAGCCGAUGCACUAUUCAAAUGUCCGGCCUAGAGGCACACCUCCUCCUGAUGAUAGCAUGAGGCCAAGGGGGUCUGACGUCAUGGGCGCCAUCAGGCCAAGAGGAAGUAAUAUUGCUGUAAUGCCUGAUGAGGAAAGUGAUGAUGAUGAUGAGAUUAGCAAUGCUCCAGUAAGGCGCCGAGGAACUGCGACUGCUUCUCCAUCUUCUAGAUCCAUUACUAUAAUGCCAGAUGAGGAGCCGGUUGCCAGCAGACCCCGACCUCGCGGGAGAGCAUCGGGUAAUUUCACAGUUAAUAUUCCCGAUGAUGAGCCUGUGAGAAGCCAGCCCCGCCCUCGCAGCACCCCCGCCCAGACCUCUACACCAGAUGAUUGGGAGAUGAACCAAGUCAACGAGGCCCUUGUCAGAAGGCGGCAACCCCAGCAAUCGAUGCCUGGCCCAAGAGGCUCACCCAAGCAGGCGUGGCAAGGGGAGGAGGAGGAAUGUGGCCCUGUCCGCCCAAGACACAGAGGACCACCUCCUCAGAGAAACUCACUUGAUGAUGACGAUGAUGAUGAUGACGAUGAUGAGGGAUAUGGUGCAAACGCCCCGGUAGUCAGACGACGAGCCCCGCCCACUAGCAAGCCAUCCGACGACAGCCUUGUGGUUACCGCAGUACGCCGCAGACAAGGCUCACCUCAGGACUCCCAAAUUCGGCCACGCGGUUCCGGCUCACCGAGCCUGCAGUAUGGCGGCGGACUUCCAUCCCCUGCAAGGAGAGGCACUCCAUCCAAACUUCGCGCCGAGGAGACAGAAAUUCGGCGACGAAGCCUCCCUCAAGUGCCCUCCUCUCGAAACAGUCUCUCACCGUCCUCUUAUAGCGAUCAUCAGAUCACUCCUAGGGGUCCUGGGACCAAGGGACUAGCCAAGCCUCGCGUGAGGUCCGUGUCGCCCGGUGGGAGACUAGGUCAGAAGGGUGAACUUCCUGUCGUACCAAGAGGAAGCAGGCUGGCCGCGCCAAGGAGGAUCCCUAUGCCUAGUAGUUCAUACACGGAAGCGGAGCAAGGCUGGCAGGAUGGCUGUUACUAGGGCUGCUUCACGUGUUCGCAUUAAAAUACCCUAAAGGUCCUCCACUUCAUGUGGGAGAAAAAUUGAAACACUGGUGCCACCAUAGAAGAUAUGCAAGUCCGAUCCCAAACUCGGUCAGUGAUGACUGCACUGAAAUGGCCGUAGUGCGCGGGACCUGGACGUAGAAAGUAACGACUAUAUUGAAACUGAAUUAAGAUAUUUCUCCGGAUUUACCGCGGUUAUUUCGUAAAUAUCAAGCAUUCCUAGAGCUACAGGAGCCGAGCUAAACAGAGGCACAAGGGGCGCGCACCCCUCGUCCACAAAAAAAAGGGUAUACAUUGACUGCACGCCCACCCCACGGCAAAACCUGGUUAUUCGUAUAUAGCCUGGUGAGCAAGCCAAUAAACUAAAUAAUUGGCUUAGAGUUUGUAUUAAAAGGAUUCCUUGGGAAAUUGCUCUAGGUUAGAAUAGAGUUCUGCCGACUAUAGGCACGUGUAAAUAGGGUGAGGUCAUGAAUUGGAGUAUAUGAGGACUCGGCUAGGUUUUAUUGUGUCGUAAAGGGUGCUUCUUACUAGUUCACAGUAAUUUUGAGUUGCCGUUUUUAAUAGGAUAAUCUACUAGAAUAAUAAAGAUCUUGAAUUUUAAA